AUGGCGGGGGAUCUCCUGGUUGGGAUGCUCUAUAACUUAUUACUGCCACUGCUCCUGCUGGCUGCUUCCUCGUUCCGCUACAAUGGUCUAUCAGUGGUGUAUUUCCUGUUUGUGCUCACCUUGCCACUGCUGCCGAACCCCAGUCUGGCCACCAUGAAAGGUAAAACAGGUCAGUUCCUGCAAGUGGUCGUCUGCACUAGUCUGAUUUUUCUGUCCCUGCAGUGCUUCAUGCAGAUCCCCUUCACCUACAUCCCUCCACAUGGUAGCGGCCCCUGGGAAGAUUUCCUCUAUCAUGUGGGUAUUGUGAGAUUCAGCUUGGUAGAUCCGGGGAAUAUUGUGCGUCUCUUGGCCCCAGAUGUUGGCCUCUGCUUCUCUGCCCUAUUUGUAGUGAGGCUGUGCAAAAAGCUACUGCGCCCUGUGCCCCAAGUCAACCUCCAUGAAAACGGAAUCCUACCCUCUGAUCCUGAGGAAGUGGAAACCUCUGACACAGAGUCUGAGGGAGAGAGUGAGACCGAGGGCUCGUCAUUUGACAGCUCGGAUGAGAGCACAGUACCGAUUCAGACGGGUCCGCCCCAGUUUGUUCAGAAGCUGAUAGUGUUUGCAGCCGGAAUGAGGCUGCUGCUGUCAGCAAUCAUGAACACAGCAGGGAAAGUGGUGGUGACUAUACUGCUGGGGCUGGCAGGAAUCACACUGCCCUCUCUCACCUCGGCUGUGUAUUUUGGUGCAUUUCUUGGACUGGUAUGGUGGUGGGUGUUGAGCCGCUCAAUCAGCCUGCUCCUCUUCAGCUCCCUGUGUGUGAUGAUGGCCAUCUACAGCGGAGGACACCUGCUGGCACUGUACCUCUACCAGCUGCCCAUGUCUCAGCAGCUUGUGCAACCAAAGGAUGUCUAUGCCAGGCUGUUUGGCAUGACAGGAGUGAUCAGAACCAACAGCUCAGACCCGUACACUCUUUGUCUGCAUCCACAUGUCAUCUGGCCGGACUUCAUCAACCCUCUGGUCCUGCUGCUGCUGUAUUACACACUGGUAGCUCUGCUGCACAAAUGGGUCCACAUCACAGAGGAGGUUUGUAAGUGUGAUACUGUUGAUGGUGAGGAGUGUGAGAGUCUAAUAGAAAGUCCAGAUGAUCCUCUGAGCUUCUCCAGAGUCAUGUACAUUUCAGGGGAUAAGCAGGAGCUUUUGAGCAGCACAGAUGAUGAAACAUAUCUACCUGAUGAACCUAUGAUCUUAAUGACAAGCAUUUCCUGGCAAGAUGUCCAUAGAAACGAUCUGGGAUCUCUGUUAGGAGGGGCAGGGUACACAAACUGUUACUCUCCACCACAGUAUGAAGGCAAAGACUCACCAUCAUAUGAGACAGAAGAUGAGGAUGAAAUCGAGGAGAGGAGUGAGGAGGUUCCGAAGAGUCCGACAGAAACCUUGCCUCCCCCCUCAGGCCCAAGUGGUCUGGUCAUCUUUGGACGACUGGUGCAAAAACACAGCUAUGUCAGCGCUCUUAUCAUCAUGAUGGUGUGGAGUAUCACCUACAAUAACUGGCUGACAUUUGCCUUGCUGGUGUGGUCUUGUAUCAUCUGGAUGAUGCGGGACCGGCGCCGGUACGCUAUGAUAUCAGCCCCGUUCCUGGCCAUCUACGGCACGGUGCUGCUGGUGCUGGGCUUCCUGAGCGGGCUGAGACUGAGCCGGGCCGAGCUGUACCCCGGCCUCCCCCCGGCUGUCAUAAUAGACUUCGACCUGAACAGCUACCACCCUGCGCCCUGCAUCCACCUGGUGGCAAAGGUUUUCUACAGCUUCAGCUUUUGGUUGGUGUUUCGACAGCAGCUGAAGGAGAGACAGGAGGAGCAGAACUUGAAGGAGGAAUCUCUGGAUGAAGUCAAAGUUAUGCAACCGGAAGAAAAUCAACCAUCACCUCUAGUAGCAAUGCUGAUCUCAGGAGUGAAAGGGACACUGGUGAAAUACUGGAUCCUCUUCUGCUGCUCCAUGUUCUUCAUCAUCAGCUUCUCUGGAAAGGUGGUUGUCUACAAGAUCCUCUACAUUGUCCUCUUUCUCUUCUGCGUUGUCCUUUACCAGGUCCGUUAUGAUGUGUGGCGUCGGAUCUUAAAAACAUUCUGGGCGGUGGUGGUCGGUUACUCCAUGGUGGUGUUGAUAUUCAUCUACCUCUAUCAGUUCAGAAGUGUGUCUGGGCUGCUCAGACAGAUCAUGGGCAUGUCAGAGGAAGGUCUUCGUGAUCUGGGUUUGGAGCGGUAUGACACGGUGGAGCUGUUUGCUCGCAUCCUGCUUCCUGCUGUGUUUCUGUUGGCUUGUAUUCUCCAGCUACAUUACUUCAACUCAGACUUCCUGACUCUCACUGAUCUGGAUAAUGUACCUGUCAGGGAGAACUCUAGAGAGGAAGAAAUCAGAAGUUCAGUCAACGUGAUAUCUGAGAACAUUAAAGAAAACAUUGAAAAGUUACAGAAAAGACUUCUGAAGGAGCAGAUUGGAAGUGGGAAAAGCAAAGAGACUCUGGACAGCAUCACAUUAGAGACCCCCUCAGAGAACGGAGCUGAGGAGCAGGAGGAGACAACAGGAGAGGAAAACGCUCCCAGCAGUCGUGAGGACAAAUGGGUUGUGAUUGUGGACCGGGCGUGCCUGCUGCUCAUUCAGGCUCUGUCAGGACUCCACAAACUCCAGGAGCUGAUGUGGAGACUGCUGGAGCUCCACAGCCUCAAAUUAGUGUCUACUGGUAUCAUCUGGGUGUCACUACAAGAGGUUUCUCUUAUGAACUUGCUUUUCCUGGUUCUGUGGGUGUUUGCACUUCCGUUUCCACGGUUACGACCUUUGGCAUCCAGUAUCUCUGCUGUGUGGGCCUGCGUCAUGGUGGUGUGCAAGAUGUUUUACCAGCUCAAAGUCAUCAAACCCCUCGAUUACUCCUCCAACUGCACUGCUGGCUUGGUACCUUCCAACAGCUCAGACUUGGAUGAUGGAGUGGAGAUAAGGGGGAACAUGAUGGAGCUGCUCAGAAGGUCUAUUCUCUACGUCGAGCCUGUGGACCCCAUCUACUGGUGUGGAGCGCUGCUCAAGUGUGAGGGCAAGAUCCUCCCCUGUCUCAGGAAUCAUCUGAUGGUGUUGGGCCUGCUGGUGUUCGAGGCGACUGUCCAUCGCCACCAGCUCUUCUUCCGUCUCCGUAACAACCUGAAGGCCCCGCAUUUCAGCAUCAUCUUCCAAGGUAUCACUCGGCAGCACCUGGAUCACGGCAUCCUGCCCUGCAUCAAAUACUUCAUCAACUUCUGCUUCUACAAAUUCGGGCUUGAGAUGAGUUUAAUUGUGGCCGUCAACGUGAUUGGUCAGAGGAUGGAUUUUUAUGCCUUUCUCCAUUCCUGCGCCUUAUUGGCUGUCGUGUCACGACGUCGCAGGAAAGCUAUCGGGGAGGUGUGGCCUAAAUACUGCUGCUUCACAGCUGGGCUCAUGGUGCUGCAGUACCUUCUCUGCAUCGGCAUCCCUCCUGCUUUCUGUGUUGAUUACCCCUGGAGGACCGCUGUUCAACCUUUGACCUCAAAUGUCAUUAAGUGGUUUUACCUUCCCGACUUCGCCAUGAAACCCAACCCUUCAUUCAUAUUCUACGACCACCUCCUGUUGCUCUGCUCCUCUCUGCAGUGGCAGGUGUUUGAGGAGGAGAACCGAGCAGUAGUGCGACUGCUGGCCGGAGACAACGUUGAGAUCAGCCGCAGUCUGGAUCCUUGCUCCUUCAACCAGUUCAUACCUGUCAGCAACUUUCUUCACUGCAGGUGCUACCUUGACAUGGUGAAGGUAUUUGUGUUCAGCUAUUUCUUCUGGCUGGUACUCUGCCUCAUCUUCAUCACCGGCACCACAAGGAUUAACAUCUUCUGUCUGGGCUACCUGGUGGCCUGUUUCUACUUCAUGUUGUUUGGAGGCAGCGUGCUGAUGCAGCCUGUCAGAUACAUACUGCGACUGUGGGACUGGCUCAUUGGCUACACCUGCUUUGUGAUCGCCAUGAAGAACCUGUUGUCUCUCGGUUCUUGUGCCUACCUGGACAGCCUGUUGAAGAAUGGCUGCUGGUUAAUUCAGGCCUUCAGCAUGUUCUGCACCAUCAAAGGCUACGAUGUCCCUGAUCCUGACGAUGAGUGUGAGCUGCCGGAGGGCGAGGCUGGCAUUGUGUGGGAUGCGAUUUGUUUCACUGUCCUCUUGGCCCAAAGGAGGGUCUUCCUCAGUUACUACUUCCUCUAUGUGGUGUCUGACCUCAAGGCCUCUAAGAUAUUGGCUUCCAGGGGCGCUGAGCUGUUUGAGGCAAAAGUGAAGAAGCAGGUUGCAGCCAGACUGGAAAUGGAGAAGAAAUCUGUGGAGACACUGAAGAAACAGAUGGAGAAGAUCAAAUCUAAACAAAAGGGUCGGCCGGCACCAGCAGACAAACCAGGACUUCCUGCUGAUCAGGAGCAGGUGACAGCAGGUGAUGAUGAGAAGGCAAAGAGGGAUGCAGGAAAAUGGUGGAAGCCUUGGGUUUCACAGCCUGGAGUGGAAAACAACUGUGGCUACCACCUGUUUGAGAGUGACAGUGAGGAGGAAGAAGAGGAUGUUACAGAGAAGAAAGAGGAGGAAGAACCACCAAAGAAGAAAUCUGCUUUCCAGUUGGCCUACGAUGCCUGGGCCACCAGUUCUAAGUCAGCUCUGAAGGAUCUGAAGAAAGAGAAGAAGAAAAUAAAGAAAGAGGAGAAGAAGAGAGCAAAGAGAGAGCUGCAGAAACAGCAGGGUAUUGAGCGAACAGACUCUAGUGAGGAUGAACUGGAUGAAAGUACCGUGGAAGGGGAGGUAGAGGAGGAAAAAGAAAACAUUCUGCAGCGGCUCAUUAACACCUUGAAAUUCAGCUGGGUGUUCUUCCAGUCCCUCCUUGACGACCUGACGCAGGGUCUGAACUCAUUUUGUGGAGAUCACAUAGCCAUUUCCAAGGUGCUGUGCUUUGAGCGAACUUUACUCAGCCAGCAGCAGAAGAAGGGAAAAGAGGUGAGCCAGGAGAGCGUAAAGCAGUUUUAUGAAAACUGGAUGUCCCGUCAGAACACACUGUCAUCUCAGGAUGACUUAGAUGAAUCCCUGCCCCCUCCUUGCUCACCACCUGCCAUCCCCUCCUCAAAUGUCGCCUACGCCAAGCUGAAGAAUCAAGCGUCCAAAGUGUCCUGGGGCAGCAGCUUUUCCAGCUGUAUGACAGACGAGACGAUGCUGGGCUCCCGGCAGCCCACCCAGGAGGAGCUGGAUGAACCUCCCACUGUGAUGUCGGCUGCUGACCAACUCAGACGGAGACUCCUGAAAACUGCCAACUUUGACAUGCACUCCUUUGAGACCGAUGAAGACUUACCAAGGGAGGGUGACAUAGAGAGUCUAGAUCUCACAGAAUCGCCCCGGCCUCUGAGUCAGGACACGAGGAACCUCACUGCCAGCGAGCUGCUGCUCAACAAUAUGUUUGAAAGCGACGAGAUCGAAGAGUCCAAUAAGUUUUUCCUGUUGUUGCCGAGGCCGCUGAAGCUGAUGUUUGCCCUCUACAACACCAUGGUGUCCAAGUCAGAGAUGCUGUGCUACUUUGUCAUCAUCCUCAACCACAUCGUGUCAGCUUCAUUCCUCUCCCUCAUCUUGCCUAUCCUCAUUUUCCUCUGGGCCAUGCUGUCUGUGCCCCGACCGACCAAACGCUUCUGGAUGACUGCCAUUAUCUACACAGAGCUGACCGUUGUGGUGAAGUACUUUUUCCAGUUCGGUUUCUUCCCCUGGACAUCCUCUGCCUACCGAGGCAUCAACGCUGAGCGGCCCUUUGCCCUGCCCAACAUCAUUGGGGUGGAGAAGAAAGACGGCUAUGUCCUCUUUGACCUCAUUCAGCUGCUCGCUCUGUUCUUCCACCGCUCUAUUCUCAAGUGUCACGGAUUAUGGGACGGCAAGGAGGUCGAGAUGCCUGAUUUCUUCAAGAAGCUGAAGAAGAAGGCAGACAAGAAAAAGAUGACAGGAGGAGAUAAGAUGGGCACUACAGGAAGAGCUCCACGCCGGCUGAGGUUCCUCCCUCUGCAGACCUCCACCACCUCCAUGUUCUUUAGACGGAAGAGGGGAGAGUGUGCAGAAUCUGAGGUGAAUCCCAAGAAGCAGAGCAGCAAGAAGAAGAGACAGCACCAGCAAAAGGCUCCACUGACCAGAAAGCAGAGGAUCAGACAGCUGAUGAGAGAGAGGAUGCUACAAUCCAAAGCUACCAUCAUAGAAGUUGCUCUUCACAUCUACUUACCCAUAAGGCAAUUUUUCUAUGACAUCAUCCACCCAGAGUACAGUCCCGUGUGUGACGUCUACGCCCUCAUGUUUCUCAUCGAGGUGGUCAACUUCAUCGUCACCAUAUAUGGAUACUGGGCUUUUGGGAAAUACUCUGCAGCAGUCGACAUCACAGAGUCCCUGUCGGACGACCAGGUCCCUCAAGCCUUCCUGGUCAUGCUGCUCAUGCAGUUCGGUACCAUGAUAGUGGACCGAGCCAUCUACCUUAAGAAAACCCUGCUAGGAAAGUGUGUUUUCCAAGUGGUCCUGGUGUUCGGCAUACACUUUUGGAUGUUCUUCAUCCUCCCCGGGGUCACCGAGAGGAGGUUCAACCGGAACCCUAUUGCUCAGCUCUGGUACUUUGUAAAGUGUAUAUACUUCGGCCUGUCUGCCUACCAGAUCAAAUGUGGCUACCCAAACCGCAUUCUGGGCAACUUCCUCACCAAAAAUUACAACUACCUAAACCUCUUCCUCUUCCAAGGGUUUCGAAUGGUUCCCUUCCUGACGGAGCUGAGGGCGGUGAUGGACUGGGUUUGGACCGACACCACUCUGUCUCUGUCCAGUUGGAUUUGUGUUGAAGACAUUUAUGCUAACAUAUUUAUCCUCAAGUGCUGGAGGGAGUCGGAAAAAAAAUACCCCCACCAUCCAGGGCAGAAAAAGAAGACAGUGGUGAAAUAUGGGAUGGGAGGCUUCAUCAUCUUCGCUCUCAUCAGCAUCAUCUGGUUCCCGCUCCUCUUCAUGUCGCUCGUCCAAUCAGCAGCCGGAGUGACCAAUCAGCCCGUGGAUGUCUCCAUCCAGCUCAGCAUCUCAGGAUAUGAGCCUCUGUUCAGCAUGAGCGCCCAGGAGCAGAACUUGGUUUCGUACUCAGAAGCUGGAUUCAACCAGCUGACCAAAGUCUACGCAACCUAUCCAGGUGCUAUGCAGUUCAUUAUGAACUAUCUGGCCGAUGACAUUGUUGUUGCUAAGAUCAAGAGUGAUGCCAGCCUGAUUUGGAGCAUCAGCCCGGCCAGUCGAGAGGCCAUGAUACAGGAGCUCAGCAACUCCUCUCACAUAUACAUGACCUUACGCUGGACGCUGCUCAGGAAUGCAUCUAUAUCAAUGCAUGUGGAGACGAUGGGAGAACACACUGUGAAGUUUGAGGACAAGGCCAUGAUGGAAGGGAUCGUCCACAUGCUCAAAGGCAACAGCAGUAAACCUGUGAUCAUUAAUUCUCUGCUGCCUAAGUUCAUGAGAGGUAACAGAGGACCAGAGUCCAAAAUGGCAACCAGGAUGAAAGUAGACCACUCGGACCGUCCAGACCUCCUGGCACUGUCUUUCUUCAGGCCCAUGUCGAUCAAACUUCAGCAGGCCAAUGGGACGUUGGAGAGGGACGCAGAACAGUGGUGGGUGGUGGAAGAGUGCUCUCCGGUUCUCGUCUCGUCCGAACACAAAUGUCACAGCAUCGAGAUAGUGGUGUUCAAUGAUAAAGUCAGCCCCUCCAGUGUGGGCUUCCUGGCAGGACACGGCAUUGUAGGCCUGUACAUGUCAGUGGUGCUGGUCAUCGGAAAGUUCGUCAGGGAAUUCUUCAAUGGGAUCUCCAGGUCCAUCAUGUUUGAGGAGCUGCCGUGUGUAGACCGGGUCCUGAAGCUAUGCACAGACAUUUUUGUGGUGCGGGAGACAGGAGAGAUGGAGCUGGAGGAAACUCUGUUUGACAAACUAAUCUUCCUCUACAGAUCGCCAGAGACCAUGAUCAAGAUGACCAGAGAGAAGAAAGACAGCUAA